GCGAGGCCAGGACUCCCCAGCGCGAGGGCGGCAGGGGACGCAGAGCGGCCGCUCGCUAUGAGGAGGGGAGCGGGCCUAGGGCGGAGCGGCCUCGUCCCCCGGGCCUGAGCGCCCACCCGCUGCCGCCGCGGGACGUCCCCAACCCUCCGGGGCUUUCGGCCAUGGGCGCUCGGUGAAUAGGCGACGUGGGGAGUCGUGGACCUGCCACUUCGGGAGGUAAUGCUGGCUCAGUUUUGAGUGGCCCGGGGAGAGCGAAGAAACCCUAAAAUGGAGGACUUUACUACCAGGACGUACGGCACUAGUGGCCUGGACAACAGACCUCUGUUCGGAGAGACGUCGGCCAAGGAUCGAAUCAUCAAUUUAGUUGUUGGCAGCUUAACAUCCUUAUUGAUUCUAGUAACGCUGAUCAGUGCUUUUGUUUUCCCUCAACUACCUCCAAAACCGCUGAAUAUAUUUUUUGCUGUCUGCAUCUCUUUGAGUAGUAUUACUGCCUGCAUACUUAUCUACUGGUAUCGACAAGGAGACCUAGAACCGAAAUUUAGAAAUCUAAUUUACUACAUCUUAUUUUCGCUCAUCAUGUUAUGUAUAUGUGCAAACCUGUACUUCCAUGACGUGGGGAAGUGAGGCUGCCGAGGAGAAACACUUAUCAGGUCUCUGCGAAGCUGUACACUUGGACUGUAAGAGCUGGGUCAGGUGUGCUGAAGAAUCUCCUGUGCAAGUCUGAUACAUGAUUUUCAUGUUAAUUGUAAAUCUAAAAUUCCCUCUUGCAGGGGAGACGUAUCCUAGAUUGCUUUGCUUUUUUCUUUAAGGAGCUGAUGUUGCACUGAAACAUUCCAAACCUUAAAGCUCAAACAGCACAAGCAAUUUUCACUUUGGAAAUUAAAAUUUUUUAUAAUGUAGGUGCAUGGCGAAAGGCUAUGUGACAAUCUUGCAUUUUAAGACAAAUAUUCUUUUAUUUCUGUUAAACUGAAUAUACAAUUAUUGUUCCCUAGGCAACCAACUUUUGCUUAUAACUACAAUUAAAUUUCACAUUAACAAAACACAGACGGUGAAAAGACAACUUUGAUUGUG